UGACGGCUGGAGGCCACCGAGAAGAAGGAGGAAGCAGCGGUGGCGACUGCUGCGGCGGUUGCGGCGGGGGCCGGGGUGGGCGCCGCGGUCCGGGCCGGGCAGUGAGGCGCGGGCGGCCGGGCCGGUGGGCUGGGCGGCGGGCCCGGCGGCCGCCCUCUCGCCCUCGCCCGCGCCUGGCGGCCCGAUGUGGCUGCAGCAGCGGCUCAAGGGGCUGCCGGGACUGCUGUCGAGCAGCUGGGCCCGCCGCCUCCUCUGCCUGCUUGGCCUCCUGCUGCUGCUUCUGUGGUUUGGGGGGUCCGGCGCGCGGCGGGCGGCGGGCGGCCUGCACCUGCUGCCCUGGUCCCGCGGUGAGCCGGGCGCCGCCGAGCCGUCUGCCUGCCUGGAAGCGGCCACCCGCGCCUGGCACGGCCUGCGGGAGCGCGGCGAGGCAGUACCACUGGGCCCUGGAGUGCCGGCCCUGGUGGCCAACGGCUUCCUGGCUCUGGACGUGGCCGCCAACCGGCUUUGGGUGACCCCCGGGGAGCGGGAGCCCGCCGUGGCGCCGGACUUUGUGCCCUUCGUGCAGCUGCGCCCGCUGAGCGCGCUGGCUGAAGCUGGAGAGGCGGUACUGCUGCUGCGGGAGGGGCUGCUGCGCCGCGUGCGUUGCCUGCAGCUGGGGUCCCCAGGUCCUGGCCCCGUGGGCGCCGGCCCCGGGCCCGCCUCCGUCUCUGGCCUUGCCGCGGGGUCCGGCCGCGACUGCGUGCUGCUGCAAGAGGACUUUCUGGCGCACAGGGGCCGACCCCACGUCUACCUGCAGCGCAUCCAGCUCAACAACCCGACGGAGCGCGUGGCCGCGCUGCAGACUGUGGGGCCCACUGCCGGCCCAGCCCCCAAGGCCUUCACCAGUACCCUGGAGAAGGUCGGAGACCAUCAGUUCCUCCUCUACUCAGGCCGGUCCCCGCCUACGCCCACUGGGUUGGUGCACCUGGUGGUGGUGGCCGCCAAGAAGCUGGUGAACCGCCUCCAAGUUGCUCCCAAGACGCAGCUGGAUGAGACGGUGCUGUGGGUGGUGCACGUCUCUGGCCCCAUUAACCCCCAGGUGCUCAAAAGCAAAGCAGCCAAGGAGCUCAAGGCGCUGCAGGACUUGGCACGGAAGGAAAUGCUGGAGCUCUUGGAGAUGCCAGCGGCUGAGCUGCUUCAAGACCACCAGCUCCUCUGGGCUCAGCUCUUCAGCCCAGGAGUGGAAAUGAAGAAGAUCACUGAUACCCACACACCGUCUGGCCUGACCGUGAACCUGACACUCUACUACAUGCUCUCCUGCUCGCCAGCCCCGCUGCUCAGCCCCUCCCUGAGCCACAGGGAGCGAGACCAGAUGGAGUCGACGCUCAACUAUGAAGAUCACUGCUUCAGCGGCCACGCCACCAUGCACGCCGAGAACCUGUGGCCAGGGCGGCUGUCCUCCGUCCAGCAGAUCCUGCAGCUCUCUGACCUGUGGAGGCUGACCCUCCAGAAGCGUGGCUGCAAGGGGCUGGUGAAGGUGGGUGCCCCAGGCAUCCUGCAGGGCAUGGUGCUCAGCUUCGGGGGGCUGCAGUUCACGGAGAACCACCUCCAGUUCCAGGCCGACCCCGACGUGCUGCACAACAGCUAUGCAUUGCAUGGCAUCCGCUACAAGAGCGACCAUAUCAACCUGGCCGUGCUGGCGGAUGCCGAGGGCAAGCCCUACCUACACGUGUCCGUGGAGUCCCGCGGCCAGCCUGUCAAGAUCUACGCCUGCAAGGCGGGCUGCCUGGACGAGCCAGUGGAGCUGACCUCGGCGCCCACGGGCCACACCUUCUCGGUCAUGGUGACACAGCCCAUCACGCCACUGCUCUACAUCUCCACUGACCUCACACACCUGCAGGACCUGCGGCACACGCUGCACCUCAAGGCCAUCCUGGCCCAUGAUGAGCACAUGGCCCAGCAGGACCCCGGGCUGCCCUUCCUCUUCUGGUUCAGCGUGGCCUCCCUCAUCACCCUCUUCCACCUCUUCCUCUUCAAGCUCAUCUACAACGAGUACUGUGGGCCUGGAGCCAAGCCCCUCUUCAGGAGUAAGGAAGAUCCCAGUGUCUGAGUGAACUAACAGUCCUGCUUUCAGCCACCAUUUACACAAGACACCCAGCACUGAAAGUCCCGCUGCCAGGAGCAAGGGAUCCUUUGGAAGCACUCGCCCUUUGUGCCUUGUUGGGGGAAACCAGUGACGCCGAAGUGAGUGUGGAUACACCAGAGUUUGCAUUGGAAGGAACGAGUGUCACGUGGGGAGGGAAGGGGCCAGUGGACCUUUUGUAAGCUUUCCACUCAAUAAAAUGAACCUGUAUGGCAAAUACUUGAAAUGGAACUCACUCCUUCCGCUUUCCCCCUUUCUUCUGUCCCAGGAAAUAGACCGUCUUUUGAAAAGACUCUUGUCUAGGAAAAGUUGUGUCCUUUUCCUAAUUUAAUGUGUUCUUUCUUAAUGAAGUUUUAAUUUAUUUUUGUUGAGAUUUUGCUAGAUGGCUUUUGCAUCCCCUGUAGAUGGUGAGUGUUGGCGGUGAUGUCCGUCUCAGCGUUCGGAGGCCCCACGGUCCCGAGGCUGGGCCGGGGCCCCCCAGGGUGGCUAUGCUGCUGCCUGUAGGAGGGUGCAGGUUGCGCUGUCAUCCUCGGGUUUGCACGCCUUCUUAGGAGCCUGCGGACAUCUGCGGUUUUGUACUUUGGGGCUUCAGGGGAGGUGUUUAACUUUCUAGUGAUUGAUGAUUGUCAGGUUUUGAAAUACCAAAGCUUUUUUGUUCUGUUUUUAAAUAAAUAUCUUUCAAACUUUCA